AAAUCUAAACCAAGCCGUCGUCUGUUCUACUUCGUUUCCCUAAACCUCUGAUGGCGGUCGGCAUUUGCAAUGUCUUGUUAACUUGGAUGGAUUCAGCAAGCACUCUCUGGCUCUCUCUUCAGCUUUUAGAAAAUAAUCUCUAAAACCUUUCCCAAGUUUGGGUCUUGGACAACAACACAAAGACGAUGGAUCUGGUCAGCAGUCUACCGGAAGAGGUUCUUUGUCAUAUCUUGUCUUUCAUGUCCACAAAGGAAGCUGCUUUGACAUCGGUUCUUUCAAAGAGGUGGCUCAGCUUGUGGACGCUCGUACCUAAUCUCGACGUCGAUGACUCUGUCUUUCUCCAUCCUGAAGAGGGUAAGAGAGAAAGGGAAGGGAUUCUUCAGAGCUUCAUGGAUUUUGUGGAGAGAGUAUUGGCUUUGCAGGGAGAUUCUCCCAUCAAGAGGUUCUCCCUCAAGUGCAAAACCGGUAUUGAUCAAGACCGUGUGAACCUGUGGAUACGCAAUGUGCUGCGGCGUGGUGUUUCGGACCUCGAACUUUGCCUUGAUUUUCCUAGAUUCGGUUCUUCUGAUAAUGAUGAUGAAGAUUAUCAGUUGCCUUGGGAGAUGUUCGAGAGCAAGACGCUAGUGGAUUUGAAACUAACGAGUGAGUUCGGUGUUGAUUGGUGGAGGGAUCAAGGUACGUUGUUACCAAUGCUUAAAAGCCUCAGGAUUGACUCGGGGGUGUUGGUUUUGUUAUCUGAUGAGCUUGAGCAGUUUGUUUAUGCUCUCCCUGUGGUUGAGGAGCUGUGCUUGGCUACUAUGGUGUGGUUUGAUUCGGAUGAAACCGUGUCGAGUGCAAGCCUCAGGAAGCUAACCAUAUACGCCAAAGGUUUUGAAGACUUUGGAGGAGAUCCAAAGGGCUUUUAUUUUGAUACUCCAAGCCUGGUUUACCUUGAUUACUCUGAUUACGUUGCCGCGGACUAUCCAGUAGUUAACUUGACGAGUCUAGUUGAGGCUCGCCUCAACCUUUUGGUGAAGGAAGAUCAAGUCGAACUAAUACGAGCAGCAGCGCCAAAUGGUGAAGAUGAUGUUGUUAUUCAGCGUUUCAGAAACGUGUCAAAGCUCAUGAGUGGCUUGAUAAAUGUUGAGAAACUUUCCCUCUCUGCAGAUACUCUCGAGGUGCUUUCUCUAAGUUGUGAUUCAAUGCCUGUGUUCAACAACCUCAAAUCUUUAAACAUCAAGAGUCACAGAGAACGGGGAUGGCAAGCAGUGCCGGUUCUCUUACGAAACUGUCCACACUUAGAAACUAUAGUCUUUGAGGGUCUCGUACACCACGUGACAGAUGAUUGUGGGGAUGCUUGUGGCUGCAUUUCCCGGGAGGACAAAGGUCGUUCGCUCGUAUCUUGUCCAGUGAAGAAGAUACAGAUUCAUGGUUUCAAAAUAACAGUACCAGAGAUGAAAACGAUUAGGCAUAUCUUGGAGUCUUUGCCGUGUUUGAAGGAGAUGAAGAUAUAUGCUGAAGAUGAUGAUGAUGAUCCUAUAAACUUGGAAGUCCUUAAAGGGUAUAAGGAAAUUGAGAUGGCUAUGAAAUACUAUAGUCAGUUGUUUAAGUGUGAUGUAAGCUUCGUAAGGCCUGGCUCCUUGUGAGAAAGUGGACUGCACGACCAGGCAACGAGUAUAACAAAAACUCUGCUUUCUGUUUUCUUGUUUAGAAGAACUUGGUUCAUAGUUUGGUAUUUUCUUAAUGUUUAAAGCUUAAGUUUGUUUGUGCACACUCUUGCUCACUUAUUAGUUUAUGUUGUCCUUGUGGGUUGGACGCUCUGG